AUGGAUUGGGACCCACCAGUGAAAGCACAUGGCCCUGGAGGUCCCCAGGCUUGGAGAGGGCACCAGAUCUGGCGCCCACCAUGCCCAGAUGGUGAGCCUGGAGGAAGACUCGUGUUGGGCCCACAGGCCCCAGGCAAGUUGAGCUCUUCCAAACAGGUGGGCUCCCUAGCAUUGACCGACAGAGUGAGCUCUGCCACCCAGGACAUCCCCCUGGCAUUGACUGGCAUAGAUGCUGACCCUGGAGGAAGACUUGUGUCGGGCCCCCAGGCCCCAGGCCAGUGUCCAUCAGCCAGGUGCUCAGCUCCCAGUGCGCUGAAGCUCAGACCCUUCCUGGCACCCUGGCGUCCAGCACUGAGCUGUGUGAGCUUUUCCACCCAGGUGGGCCCCCUGGCAUUGACCGACAUAGAUGAUGAGACUGGAGGAAGACUUCCAUUGGGCCCACUUUUCCUGGGCCAGUGUCCAUCAGCCAGGUGCUCAGCCCCUGGUGUACUGAAGCUCCAGCCUUUCCUGGUGCCCCAGUCUUCUGCACUAAGCUGUGUGAGCUCUUCCACCCAGGAGGGCCCCUUGGCAUUGACUGGCAUAGAUGGUGAGACUGGAGGAAGACUUGUGUUGGGCCUGCUGUUCCUGGGCCAGUGGCCAUCAGCCUGUUGCCUAGCCCCUGAUGCGCUGAAGCUCAGGCCCUUCCUCACGCCCUGGUCUUCUGCACUAGCUGUGUGAGCUCUUCUGCCCAGGUGGGGCCCAUGGCCUUACACGACAUAGGGUUUGGUGGCCGGGAGGGCCAAUGAUGCUCUGCGUCUGUGUUGGAUCAGUGUUCUUCAUGGAUUCCAUCACAUGGAUAUCCCCUACCCACCUUCCCCUUGCUCAUACGUGAGGCCCUGGUUGGACACAUGUCCUUCUCCUGUCACCCCAGAUGGUGAGCCUUGAGGAAGACUUGUAUUGGGCCCCCACAGGCCCCAGGCCAGUGUCUGUCAGCCUGGUGCUCACCCCCAGUGCGCUGAAGCUCAGACCCUCCGUGGCACCCUGGUCUCCUGCACUGAGCUGUGUGAACUUUUCCUCCCAGAUGGGCCCCCUGGCAUUGACUGGCAUAGAUGGUGAGACCGGAGGAAGACUUGCAUUGGGCCUGCUGUUCCUGGGCCAGUGGCCAUCAGCCUGUUGCCUAGCCCCUGAUGCGCUGAAGCUCGGGCCCUUCCUCGCGCCCUGGUCUCCUGCACUGAGCUGUGUGAGCUCUUCUGCCCAGGUGGGGCCCAUGGCCUUAAGCGGCAUAGAUGGUGAGCCUGGAGGAAGACUUGUAUUGGGACCCUACAGGCCCCAGGCCAGUGUCUGUCAGCCUGGUGCUCAUCCCCCAGUGCGCUGAAGCUCAGACCCUCCCUGGCACCCUGGUCUCCUGCACUGAGCUGUGAUGGUGAGCCAGGAGGAAGACUUGUGUUGGACCCCCACAGGCCCCAGGCCAGUGUCCAUCAGCCUGGUGCUAAUCCCCCAGUGCGCUGGAGUUUGGACCCUCCCUGGCACCCUGGUCUCCUGCACUGAGCUGUGUGAGCUCUUCCACCCAGGCAGGCCCCCGGCAUUGACUGGCAUAGGUGGUGAGCCCGGAGGAGGACUUGCGUUCGGCCUGCUGGUCCCAGUGUGUCCGGAAUUGGUGGGUUCUUGGUCUCACUGACUUCAAGAAUGAAGCUGCGGACCCUCGCGAUGAUGAUAUGGAAGAAAAGCACUCUUUGGCCUGUUGUGACUGGGACAGUUGACAGCACCCAGGUGUCCUUUAAUGAAAAUGCUCUUGACACCAAUGCAUCCUAGCAUCACAGCUUCAGGAAGCCUUCUCAAGUGUGCAUGGGGAGUACCAUGUCUUUCAUCAAUAAUGAAAUCUUCUGAUGUCUUGAUAAAGACUGCUGAGAAGAGCACCCUCUGGUGUUGUCACAGAGGCAAGUGCUACCGCACAGGCAUGCUGCAGUGAAUUUAACUGAUCCUCUGUCCCUGCAACCGUUGUUUAAGGAUGCUAUUCUGAAAAGACUGUGGAGGAAGAAAACCCUUUACCCUGUUGUUCAGGGAGAAACUGACACCACUCAACUGCCUGGCACUGAAAAUGUGGCAUCCAGUCCACUUUACCAUCAGUGUUUAAGGAAACCAUGUCUGAUAAGGAUGACUGAGGAAGAGUACUCUUUGGCUUGUUGACACCAGCACAGCUGACACACCCAGAUAUCUGUUUGGUCUCCUGUGAACUUUCAACCAGGAUUUAAGGAUGCCACUCUGGUUAAAAGCUGAAACAACUUCAAGGAAACUUCAGGGAAAAGAGAAGGCCUGGAAUCUGAUCCUCCACUUCAGAGAACAGGGGUGGUGGAGUCUAUGGCCCUUCUCCUUGAAUCUGAGUGAAAUUAGUGAGUCUUUCAAUCCAAAGACUACAGUCGUACCUCAACUAUCUACAGAGGACUGGUUCCAGGACUCCCAUGGAUCCCAAAAUCCAAGGAUGCUUCGAAUCCCUUAUAUAAAAUGGCAUGGUAUUUGCAUAUAACCUACAUGCAUCUUCAAAUAUGUUAAACCAUCUCUAGAUUACUUAUAAUACCAAAUACAAUGUAAUGCUAUGUAAACAGUUGUUACAAUGUAUUGUCAAAGACAAGCUCUCCUUGCCAAUCCCUGACCAAAUGAGAGAUUCAUGAGCAAAAUAAAUAGUUGCUGAUAUUUAAGGCACUAAGUUUGGGGCAAUGUAUUACACAGCAAUAAAUAACUGGAACAGCAUAGUAAAUUCUAGUUAAAAAUACUAAACUACUAAGUUUUAGUUAACAUACAUGCUGAAGUUAAGGGUGUGGUAUACUAACAACUGCAACUUACUUUGAAAAGCAUAAAAAAAGACACUAGAAGAAGACAGGAUGGAUAGAUGGACAAGAUAGAAGACAAAAAUAGAACAAAAUGUUGUGAAAUUAUAUUCUACAAUUAUUUUAAAGUCUGUGUGGUUUGAAAAAUUGUACGAUAAAAUGAAGAGUGAAAUAAAGACAUUUCCAUACAAACAAAAGCUGAAAGAUUUUGUAGCCAGUAGACCUAUACUUUAGAAAUGUUUAAGAAAUUUUUUCAAGUAAAAGGAAAAUAACACCAGCAACAAACUUGGAUCUACAAAAAGGAAUCUCCACAAAGGAAAAUAAAUAAAAAUGGUAAAUAUGAAGGUAAAUAUAAAGGAAUGUUAUUCUUAGUUUUUAAGUUUCUUCGUAAGACAACUGGCCUUUGAAAGAAAUAGUUUCAAACGCUGCUGUGGAAUCUGUAACACAUAUAGAAGUAAAAUGUUAAGAUCAUAAUACCAAAAAGAAUGAGGGAGAGUAAAUGGAUGUAUACUAUUCCAAAAUUCUUACAUUAUACAUUAAGAGGAAUAAUAUUUUUGAAGGUAGAUUGAGGUAAGUUAAAGGUGCAUAUUGUAAAUCCUAGAAGUAUCACUGGGGGGAAAAAAAACAGAGGGACAAGCUAAUAAUGGAGACAAUACAAAAUUCCAAAAAUGCUCCAUUAACCGAAAAGAAGGCAGAAAAGGAAGAAAAGAUUAGACAAAUAGAAAACAAAUAGUGUCUUAAACACAACUAUAUUGCCAACUGCAAUAAAUGUAAAUGGACUUAAUCAAAUUAAAAAGCAACGAUCGUAAAAAGUCAAUCUGAAAGCAAGAUGCAACUAUAUGCUAUCUAAAAGAAAGACAUUAAAUGACCAAUAAGUUGAAAAUAAAAACACAGCAAAAUGAUAUAAUGUGCAAAAAUUAAUCAUAAGAAAGGAAUGGAUACACUAAUAUCAAAGUAGACUUUAGAUAAGGAACAUUACCAGCGAUAAACAGAGACAUUUCAUAAUGAUAAAGACAUCAAUUAAUCAAGGAGAUCUAACAGUCCUAAAUGUGAACACACCUAAGGACACAACUUUAAAGAUUUUGCUUCAAAGCAUAUGAAGAAAAAAUGAACAGAGCAGAAGGAAGAUAAACUCAAAAUUAUAGUUGAAGAUUUCAACAUUCCUCUCUCGGUAAUUAGUAAGUGGACAGAAAACCAGUAAGGAUACAGAAGAAAUACAUUUAUCUAUCUGACAAAGAACAUAUGUUCUGAAAAGAAUGUGAAAAUAUUUGAACGGACACACAAAAGAAGAAAACUUCUCAACAGCAGUCAUGAAGAAAACGUAAAUUAAGACCAUAAUGACUUUUUACACCCAUUAGAACGGCAAUUAUUUUAAAUAAAAAACAGAAAUUACCAAGUGUUAGAAAAGAUGCAGAGAAAUUGGAACCCUUAUUCACUGCUGGUGGGAAUGUAAAAUGGUGCAGUCACUGUGGAAAACAGUAUGGCAGUCUCUAAAAAAAUUAAACAUACAAUUACCAUAUGACCCAGCAAUUCCACUCCUAAGUACAUAACCAAAAGAAUUAAAAGAAGGGACUCAAACAGAUACUUAUAUACCAAUGUUCAUAGCAGCAUCAUUCACAUAGUUAAAAGUUACAAAGAGUCCAAAUGUCCACUGACAAAUAAAUAAAUAAAACAAAAAGUGAUAUAUGCACACAAUGAAAUAUUACUCAACCUUAAAGAAUCAAAUUUGGAUACAUGCUACAACAUGAAUGAACUUUGAGGACUGAUACGGUUUGAAUAUUUGUCCUGCCCAAAUCUCAUGUUAAAAUAUAAUCCCCAAUGUUGAGGGUGGGGCCUGGUGGGAGGUAACUGGGUCAUGGGAGCAAUCCCUCAUAGCUUGGUGCUCUCCUUGGGAUACAGAGUGAGUUCGCAGGAGAUGUGGUCGUUUAAAAAGGGUGUGCCACUUCCCCACCCUCUCUCUUGCUCCUGCUCUCGCCAUAUGACACGCCUGCUCCCCCUUUGCCUUCCACCAUGAGUAAACUCACCAUGAGGGCUCCCCAGAAGCUGAGCAGAUGGUGGCGCCAUGCUUGUACAGCCUGCAGCACCAGGGGCCAAAUAAACUUCUUUUCUUUUUAAAUUA